AUGAAUUAAUUAGUUUAAGUCAUUCUAUUUUUGAAUUGUACGAAAGUGUUUCGAGAAGAGGAUUCACCUGUUUUCAACAAAAUAGUGGUAUGUUUUCUGAUCAAAGUGUAGUACAACAUCCGGAAUAAUCAAUAUGCUCAGAUGUCAGAAUUGCAAGGCGACUUAGCAGAGUAUCUGAAUUCGUGCGAGAAUGCUGAGAUCAAGGAAAGAAUGAACUACGAAUUAAAGAGAUUGGGAUUAAUUUGA